AUGGCACCUCUACCGCGCUAUGAGGGCACCUUCAGCUUCGUCUCUUCGAGGCUGUAUGCGAGCAUCAAGCGCGCCAUCCCUACCUACGACAAGGAAGACCCAAAGACCUGGCCCUACGUCACUCUGUCAACGAUCGAGAAGCUUCGCCCGUACCAAGGUUAUCCAGAUCUGCCUACAGGCGUAGCCUACCAACGAGAAGCGAUGAAGCGAUACGAAGACAUGUACACACCACAAGAGCGAGCAAUUGCCGCCUCCGUGAACGGUCCUUUGUACCAACGGUACCCAUACAACUACGACCGAUUCGACGAGCCGAAAGAGAAGGUCGGUAUGUCAGGAGCGGAGUAUCGCAGCUACAUGGCCAAUACAACUGCAACGCCGUCUACACCACGCGUGUGCGAGCGCGAAGAAUGGGAGCAAGACAUCCUCGACAGCGCAAUCGACUGCUCCACACCCCAUCCUCACAGCCAGCCAUCAGAGCCCGAGUCCCCCACACCAGCCAACCGAACACAACCCCACUCCCUCUGCUCCAACAAAACCUGCACAGACACCCGCCGCGAAGCAGCCAGACUCCGAGGCACCCUCUUCGACAAAGACUCCCAACUCCUAAGCUGCCAAUCCGAUCUCAAAGAAUACGAGACAACCGAAAAGCUGCGACGUCGUGCCUUGGAAGACGCGGAGUACGAGGUCGAGAAGGAGAAGCAACGUGCGGAUGCUGCGGAGAAGGAAUGCAUGCUGAAAAUGGAGGGUAAUAUUAGGUUACAGCAGCGCAUGAGGGAGUUGGAGGUCAAGGUGAACCAGGCGCAGGAAUUGGAUACGUAUUGUGUUGAGUUGGAGGGGGAGAUUGAGAGGCUGAAUAAAGUGCGGGAGGAGGAGGAGGGGUCUGAUGACUAUCAUGAUGGUGAUGAUAGACCGCGCAAGAGGAUGCGGUCUGAGAGUUUGUAA